AUGUUGACUUUGGAGGAGCGUUGGGCUAUCGGUGACAGGGCUCCGUUGCCGAAAGUAGCAAAUAGCCUUCAAUCGGGCUGUGCCGUUUGUGGCGAGGAGAAAAACAUUAGGACAUGCUCUGCUUGUUACGUCGUUUCUUACUGCGGCCCAGACCACCAGCGUGCCCAUCGCCGUACACACCGAUUUGUCUGUGAUGCAGUGAAAAACGAGAAAUUAGCUCUUCAAUCUGCCGAAGCUCAUGCACAGGCAAAUACGACAAAUACGAGAGGAUUCCACUCUGGAGCUAAUUUGCUCCCCUUGAUGCAACUCCCGGAUCCUGCUAUGCUUCAACUCUUCCAGGCCUAUCAUCAGUCUUCUUUGACCGUGUUUCUGCGACGAAUCAAUACUGUCAAAUCCGUUCAAGCGCAAAAGGGGCACUUCCAGCGCUGCAACGCCUUACUCUUCGCAAACUCGCUGGACUUUCAUUGUGCUGCCCUCGAAGCUACUGCUAGACUUGGUCAAGAUCAAGAGCUUUACGACUCUAUCAAGGCUUUAUGCAUCUUCCAAAUGAUAGAUGGAACUUUUCACCAUGAGAAUGUCUUGGAAUCUAUCGAUUUCAUGAUCCAGCCCACCGACAGUUUUUGGUACCACAGAAUCCUCGACUUGCUCGUGCUCAUGACAUUCUUCAAAGUGAAGUUGCUGCUCGAUUUGAUGCGCCUUGAUGUAGCAAGAACGGCACUGGGCUCCAAGUUUCCACGAGAAGUCCUCGAUAUGGUUCUUCUGAAUAUCCCAGAAAGCCGCACGGUUACUACCAAUCGUGGGAUCAUGAACAGCACAGACCUCAUAGCAGAGAUUACUACGAUAGCCGCCCAAGUUGACCUCUUGCUCGCUGAAGUGAACGACCGAAACCCGCGUUUUUGGAACAAGUUGGCUUUGCACAAUCCUAACAACUCUCUUGUUGAAAGACCCACGCAACAAGAAUUGUCGAACCAUAGCCUGGCGCAAGCUAAAGAUUUGUUCCUGUGCCAUGUCUACUGCUGGUUUGAAACCCCUGGGGCCAUUGCCUUGCUCCGGCGGAAGCGUGGUUUUUGA